UUUUAAAUCCAGCACGGAAGAGAGAAUAACACCCCUAACGGCGCGGCCACAAAUACAAGCGGUUGGUCAGUAGCACCAUAUCUACGCGAAAACAGUAGCAGAGAGGUAGAAAGAUUGACAAUGGGUGGCAACAGCGGAGAGAUCCUUAUGUUGGAGGCACCUCCGACACCUGCUCGGCCCUGGGCCUCUGCUUCCAAUGCCGAGACUUUGGACGCAUUACCCUACAUUGACGACGACUAUGGGAACCCAAAGGUCAAGGAAGAGGUUGAUCGAUUGGUCGAGGAAGAGAUGCGUAGGAGUACCAAGAAGCCCGCCGACUUUCUCAAGGAUUUGCCCCCUCUGCCCCGCUUUACUUUUCAGAAUCACCCCAUGAUUGGCAAAGAGUAUGAGCGCGUGAGAGCGGGGAGGCCACCCGUGACCCUUGAUUUUUCCUCACGGUAUCAAGUUGAACCCCCUCCCAUGAAUAAGAGAAAUGAUGAAAGUGCUUGGAAGCAGGCACUUCAGAGAGCUCAGCGAUCAUUACAACAUCAAGUCAUUAGGUUGGAGAAUUUGGAGUUGAUGUUAAAAUAUGGCUCUGAUGUAUGGAGACAGAACAACCAACGAUUGGAAGGAUUUUUGGCCAGAAUGCAAAAUUUGGCUCAGCAGCAAAAUGACAAAAUUGAAACUGUGAACCGUGAAAGAAAAUAUCAUCAGCAAAAUACUGCUUAUGAGCUCAAUGCUUUGUCCGCACAAUGGAAGGAGCUUUGUCAGAAAAACAUAGAAAUUCAUUCUGCAUGUGCUUAUAUUGAAAAUCAUAUAGAAGAAUUGAGGAGAGAAGCUGCUGAGAGAGGCUGGAACUUGGAAGCUAAUUUAGAGAAUGGUGCUUUUUCACCUUCAGGAUAGCAAGGCUUUCAAAAUAUUCAAUGGGUCGAUAUGGUUUGGUGGAAGCUUGCCACUGCUAUGGAGAGUCCUUGAUGCCAUGUUCACGGGAUAUGACAAUUGACGGAAUGUUAUAGCAGUUUUAGGGGCAACAUCACAUCCUGCUUCUACUUAAGAACUUCAUUUACUUGUUAUAAAUGCAUUCAACUGAAUUGAAGUUUGGUAGCAUGACUCCUAAAAUUAUCAUAGAAUAGACUGUUGUUCCUCCCAUAAGCACAACUCGUAUUGGGAGAAAUAUUUUUAUUUAGAAAGUUUGAUUGUGCUUUUCUUGAUGCGUCCAAUAACUUUGGUAUGAGAUUGUCUCAAGUUUUAACUAAAUUAUGUAAUAUCGUGCGUGGGAAAGGUUUAUGAAUAAUGAGUUAGCUCUAUUGUAGAUAAGCAAUAUAAGAGGAGUGAAUUGAAUUA